GCCAAGAACAAAAGAAGUUGAUAAAUUUCGACAGCAACGACAAACGUCGACAACACAAAGCACAGAGGUCUUUCGAGUUGCCGAGAAGCCCUUUCCAACCAAAAACGAGAGGAACACCAGGAUUGGCAACUACAAAGUUUCAUUCUCACCCAAAACAGGCAGGCAAGACGAGAAAAAGAAAGAUAGAAAAUACAUCAUUGUCGUCCUCGUCGUUCAAUAGAAAUUGAAAGUGGUCGAUCAAGAAUCAAGAACAACUAUGCCCCCAGAAAUGUCGUCGCACGGUGAUGUUAUCGACGAUACGGUUGCCGUCGAACCAGUGCCGCCGGAAGCCUCACCCGUCGUCGAAACAGAACUGCCACAAGACCAUCCGAAACAGGUCCAGUUUCACGCGCCGGUUUCAGAAGAAAGGCGGCUCGAGGAUGUUCGACGGGUCCGCGACGAAGCCGAGAGCCUGCGUCAGGAAAUCUGCAAGCUCCGCAUCCGGCUGGAGGAAGUCGAGGAAGAAUCCAAGUUCCAUGCUGCCAAGGCCAACGAACUGACCGAGCUUUUGACGAACAGCAACAGCGGCGGAUCGGACAAGCUGGUGCUACAGCAAUCCGAAGAGCUGGCCAAGCGUGCAUGUCAGAUCGAAAACCUAGAGAAAAAGAUCACCAACCUGACCACCGAAAAGGCGCUUCUGGAAAUCGACCGCGACAAAGCCAAGAAGGAAACCUCCGAGCUCAGCUCGGUAGUCCGAUCCCUCCAGAACGUCACGACAAUUGCCAUGGACGACAAGGACGGCAGCGACGACGAGGAUUCGGAUGAAGAUGAGGACGAAGAAAUUGUCUUGACACCCGAGACCGCUCUCGACCUCACGCUCGGAAACUUGAAGGACCACAUCGAGAUGCUCGAGGACGGACUCCAGGCCAGCUCCCACCUCAACGUCACCCAGAAAAAAGAAAUCAACGCCCUCCAGGAGGAGAACCAAACCAACCAGAUCAAGAUUGGAAUGCUCGAAAAUCUUUUUCGCGAGUUAAACGUGAACGACCGCGAAUUUUACGAAAAACGGGCAAUGGAAAACGAUAAGAACAACCAGGAAAACAAAAAUCUCAAGGCAAAUGCGGCGGCUGCCAAGAAGGAACAGACGAAGAAACCACUACCCCCGCAACCACCUACGCGGGAGGAUCCGACGGCAAGGGAGCACAACCUGAAGAGGCUGGGCCUCAUCGAACGGUUCCGGUCGAUCCGCAUGGGGGCCUUUGCCACACCAACGAUCCCGAAAAAGGAGGACCCAGAAAUUGCCAUCCCCCUCGAGGCCGCCGCCGCCGCAAAAGCCGCCGCCCUUCUAAUGGGGAACUCGAUCAACGGAGGCAGUGUGCACGGAGGAAGCCGCCACGGCGGAAGUUUCCACGGUAUCCUUUCCCUCAGCAAGCACGGAAGCCAGCACGGAGUCACUCCCAAGAACGGUCAGGGCGGCAACCGCAAGACGACAAUGAAAAAGGUAAAGAUCCGAUUCAAGAAGGCCGGCCUCGAAGGAACCUACACGGGUCCUCUUGUCGACAAGAGACCGCACGGAGUCGGAACCAUCCGGUUCACCAAUGGAGAUACCUACCUAGGGGAAAUGACCCGCGGAAAAAUGUCCGGGACCGGAACCCUCUACACGAAAUCCAGGGGCACCUUCCGUGGUCAGUUCGAAAACAACCGGUUUGUUGGCGAGAAACAAGGCAGUGGAAGUGACAAUGAAGCCCCCGACAAGCCCAAACAAGCAACCGAUGGCAGCAGCAACGGCGGUAACAAAGAUCCAUCUGAUGCUUCCAUUGCAAGUGAACAGUCCGCCAACGCAAUGGCGGCGCUAGAACUGGAUGGUCUUUCUCCCACCACCAUUACCGGCUCCCAGGACAUCAUGGACGGCAUUGAUGACAUGGUGAUCGGAGCGAGCUCUAUGGAUCUUCCACAGUCCGAACAGAUCGAUACCAUGAUGGCAGAAGCGAAACAGCAGGAAAACGAUGCCUUUUUGAAGGAAUUGGAAGGCGUGGAUUCUGCUGAUUCGAGCGACAGCAACGACGACAAAAAAGCAACUGAUGAAACAACCAAGAAAGAAUCUUCUUCCAGUGACAAAAUCGAGACCCAAGUAGUAGAGGAAACAGCCGAGAUGGCUUCUUCAGUCGACAACAAAAUCGAGACCGUCGAUGACAGUAACAAAGAGAUCGAUACCGUGAUCGUGAAAACGAAAGAUGCUGCCUCUUCGAAGGAAAUGGAGAGCGUUGAUUCCGCCGAUCCGAGCGACGAUGUUGAGGACAAGAAAGUAGAAGAUGAAACAACUGAGAUGACUUCGUCCGUCAACGACAAAAACGAAACGGUCGAUCUCAAAACUAGUCCGGGAGGCAGCACCAGCAGUCUCAGCAGCGACAGCGAUAGUGACAGCGAUAGUGACAGCGAUAGUGACAGCGAUAGCGACAGUGACAGUGACAGCGAUAGUGAUAGCGACGCCGAAGAUGCGAUAUAAACGGAUAUCCAUACACGACGCGAAUAAUGCAAACCAAGACCACACCAAAAUUGAAAGAGAAUUUGAAAAUGCUCACAAUUUAUAACGUAGCUUUUUUAUAAAGUACAACAAUCCAC